GAAUUAUCUACUUAAAACAAAUUUUCAUUUUGCUGUCUUACAUUAUAUCAAUCUACUAAGGUCGCUUAUAGUAACCAGAAGUUUUUUUUUUAUUAUUCGACAAUGGGGAAAUUUUUUUUAUUGAUGUUUGUUGUUGAAGUGGUUUUAUCACAGAAUUCAAAUAACAGUGGAAAAAGUUAUUUUUUCAAAAUGGGUAGAAAUAAUAACGAAUUCAAAGUGAAUAAUAGGAUUAUGUAUUUGAAUCACAAUAUCACUGAUCUUGAAUAUCCCCUUUUGGAGAGGAAAAAGUCGUAUCAUACUUCUCAGAAUUCAGAUAAAGCACAACAAGCACCCAAGUUCGACUUUAGUUAUUAUUUAGACAAAGAAUGGGAAUACGUUCACGAAAGCAAUCCAAUAAACAAAUCACGCUUACCGUCUUUCCUUAGAAUAUUUUAUGACGAGGCAACUUCCCAUCCAGAUACUUCAAUCACAAGAAGAAUACUUUUCAACAAAAACUUGAACGCAUCGACACCUAUCCUCAAAUUCAAUCUGGACAAUAUCGAUCCCGAAUUGAAUGUAAUCGACGCUGAUUUAUACUUUUACUGGCCGUUGAAGGAUACGUCGAAUAUUUUCAAGGAAUCUGUUGUAAUAAGAUUGUAUCAGUAUGAAAAACAAUCGUAUGAUGAUACCGGAAACAGUUCAAUAAAUAACCCCGACAUUCAUAAACUGUUCAAUGUUAUAUAUGUGUCCAAAGCGCAAAAAGGAUGGCAGAUGUUCAAAGUAAAGAAACCCAUAGAUAAUUGGUUGAAUGGGGAAGAGAACUUAGGUCUAAUUUUAACAAUAUCUAGUUAUGACACUAAUAAAUUGAUUGAAGUAUUUCAUGAUAAAAAUAUGGGAAAUUUUAGUACUUUCAUAGUGGUUAAAACACAAAGUAACGGUUCUUCUUCAGUAUUAGACGAUAACGAAAUUACCGAUUACGAUACGAAUUCGCAGUGUCAAAUACAGGAGUGGGUGAUAAACUUUCAAAAAAUGGGAUGGGACAAAUUUAUCAUAUUCCCCGAACAAUUUUCCGCUUUUGAUUGCGUUGGAAAAUGUUCGACACCUGAUAAAAACGAUACGAACCAUGCGAAAUUUUUAUAUAUUUUCCAGAAAAGAAGCGCGUGUUGUGUACCUGUGUGGUAUAAAUCGUUACCGAUAAUGUAUUUUGAUAAAUUUAGAGAUAUCGCGAUUAAGAAUUACGAUAAAACAAUUAUAACUAAAUGUGGUUGCAGAUAAUAAUUUUUUCGCAAUAAUUAAGUAAAAUUUUGAUUUAAUGCUUAUUAAUAUCACUUUCUACUAAGAAAAUUCGGAAAUGAAUUAUAAAUUUUACGUUUACUGAUUUUAAAAAAUGCUUUCAUUUUGUUGCAUUGUAUCUCACUUCUAAAAUUCUUUUUUUUCUUUCAUUCCAUUUAUUUUGAAAGCAGGAGUAAAAACUCAUAUACAUUUUUUCCAGGAAAUUUUUUUCUUGUGUAAUGACAAUAAAAAUGGUGUUUUAAUGAUCA